UGCCACCUCCCGUUGUUCCGCCCGCACCUCAACAACCCCAAGCGGAGCAAGCUGCGUCGGCUCCUCCCGCACUCCGGGACCCUCUUCCUGGAGUUCCCCCUCCUUGCCUGUGUCGUCGCCAGCAGCCCCUUGUGUCAGGGUCUCAUCUCUCUAUUGCGGUUCGGAUUUGUGAGUUGGCCCCCUUGUCAUCCCUUCCUUGCUUGCCUCGUGGUGCCUUGCCUUUUCUGCCGCUCACCUUUCGGACAUUGCCAUCUCCCUGCUCUCCCUCAUCCUGCUCUCCCGCUGUUCCCGUAG